CGCCAUCUCCAGUCAGGGCUAAAGGUGAUGGGGACAGAGGAUGGAUCGCUGCAUCGGAUGGGGAAGGGGAAGUGCAGAGAGGCUCACAGUCACGCACAGCUGGCAGGCGGCACGGUGCCAGCACUGGAAGCCAUAGCCUGACUCCAAAACCUACGCGGACCGGCGCACUGCCGCUUUCUUUUCUGUUUACGCACCGUAACUUUCCAGCAAGUAAAGGUGCACGCAGGUCACCGGGAUCAGGUACCGCUCGUCCUGACUCUCCGGGGACCCGGCGCUGCCCGCAGAUCUUUCAGCUUCCAGGUCCGUCGGCCGCCUUUGCUCCCCGGCUCUGGCUCCGGUCCCGGCAGUCCUGGUGCGCCUGCGCUCCCUCUCCCCGGGAGGCGGAGCUGGGGAGCGGGUUAAGUAAGAUCGUGGGGAGCUUUCGUUCUUCUAUCCGGUCUGCUCCUUGCUUUUCUCCUGCGACAAGGAUGGCUGCCAGUGCUCUGCGCGUCCAGGACCCGGGGCGAGCUGGCGGGCCUGCCAAAACCCGCCUCAAAAUCCUGCUUGGACACCUCCAGGGCCCCGCGACCCCGGCGAUCGCGGCUUCUCCAACUUCAGCUGCUGUUGUGCCUUCCAAUUUCCAUCCUCCAAAAUUCCAGUACACACUGGAUAAUAAUGUCUUAACCCUAGAACAGAGGCAAUUUUAUGAAGACAAUGGUUUCCUGGUCAUAAAAAAUCUGGUGUCUGAUGAAGAUAUUCAGCGCUUCAGGAAUCAGUUUGAAAGGAUCUGCAGAAAGGAAGUGGAAUGCCCAGGAAUAGAUAUCAUGAAGGAUGUGACCAUUGCAAAAUCAACCCAUUCUCUAAAUGAGAAAAUAGUUACAAAAAUCCAGAAUUUUCAAUAUGAUGAAGAACUCUUCAGCUAUUGCACUCUGCCCCAGAUUACUAAAUAUGUCGAGUGUUUCACUGGACCCAAUAUCAUGGCUAUGCAUACAAUGCUGAUAAACAAGCCUCCAGAUUCUGGUAAGAUGACUUCUCGCCAUCCCAUGCAUCAGGACCUGCACUACUUCUCAUUCAGGCCUCCCAAUUCCAUUGUCUGUGCUUGGACUGCUAUGGAACAUAUUGACAGAAACAAUGGCUGCCUGGUUGUGUUACCAGGCACGCACAAGGGCACCUUGAAACCACAUGACUAUCCUAAAUGGGAGGGGGGAGUUAAUAUUUUGUUCCAUGGUAUCCAAGACUAUGAUACAAACCAGCCCAGGGUUCACCUGGUGAUGGAGAAGGGAGACACUGUUUUUUUCCAUCCUCUGCUCAUUCAUGGAUCUGGAAGUAACAAAACUAAAGGAUUCCGGAAGGCAAUUUCCUGUCAUUAUGCCAGUUCUGAUUGCUUCUACACUGAUGUAAAGGGCACUAGUCAAGAAAACAUUGAGAAGGAACUUCAAGCAUUAUCUGACAGAAAGUUUGAUGGCCUCAAAGUCCAAUUAAAGGAUAUUUGGAUGAUACGAGCACGGCUUGUGAAAGGAAAAAGAAUCAAUCUUUGAAGUAUUACUGAAAAGUCGACACCAAGUGCCAAAGGAGAAUGUUUUUAGAUGAGACGUAGUGGUCCUUGGUAUCAUAUACUAAUAUGAAAAAGCACUUUGUUUUAUGCAAUAUUGUCUGCUUUGGCAGAUACAAAGACUAAAAUGUUUAAUAUGUAAAAAACUUAAUUUACUGUCACUUGUAUAAUUUUGGAAUAAUUCAAGUCUUCCAAAAAAAGGGGGUGGGAAGAGUGAAUCAUUAAAGCACUUGUUACCUAAAAGAAAAUCUAUUGAAUUCAGAGUCUUUGUAAUUAUAAACUAACUGGGUGCCACUAAAAAGUAAUAGUUGAUUGCUUUUAUAGGUAGAGGAAAUAUGUUGCUGUUGCUUCUUUAGAGAGGCAAAGGAUAAGAAUUUGUCCUAAGCUGAUAAUUCUUUAAUCAGUGGAACAUUGUAGAAUAGAAUAACGGAAAGACCUAUAUCCUUCCACAAUAGUCUGUAGUCCAACAUUACCCUUUGCCCAUUCACCUCUUAAAAAACUGGAUUUCAUUUAUUUCUUUCUCUUUUUCUAACCCUAAAGAAAAAUUGGAUAAUCUCCUCUGAUGAAAGAAACUGAAAAUUUUCAUAUCUAAGAUUGAUGUUAGGGUUAGGCGGUAGGAAACUUAUUAAAUCAUUUUGAUUUUAGGUUGGAAUAAAUAUGGCCUGUGGUGA